GUCUCUUUAUUUCAGAAAGAGCUGAAGAGGAAGACAAAAACAGCCGUUGAAAAUCAGAUCUAGGAGACUUUCACCUGCUCCGUCAAUUAUCCUAUUUUGAACAGGUUUUCCCCCAGGACACAGAGAUGGGCCAGUGGAGCAAUAGCCUCUUUGCGGUGUUAUUUCUUUGUGGAGCUUUUAUGAGAGAAGCACAUCCGGCUACUGUAUCUGAUGUUGGGGGACACAGAGGUGCUCAGAGACAUCUUCUAAUGGAACAAGAUAAUAGCACCAACAGAAACAUUACUGAAUUUCAAAGGACAUCCGAUUUGAAUAAGGAAUCCAAGCCUGUGGAGUGGUCCUAUCUGGCUGCAGGACUGGGCACAGUCCUCACUGUUUCUCUCCUCAUCGUGAUGGCUGUCAAGUUUCGCCUCUUCCAUCGCUUCUUAGCCAGCUACAGACACUCCCUGCUCCAAGAGGCUGACGGGGUCAGCCAGUAUGGCCAGGAGGAGGCGUCCUAUCCUAACAGUGUGUUGGGUAGAAUGGGAGGAAUUGGAGGGACUCCGAGAGGACUGGAUGAUGAUGAUGAUGGCUUCAUUGAGGAUAACUAUAUCCAGACCAGUGAGAAAGACAGGGCAGAG